CACUCCCCCGUUUAGAACCCUUGGAUUCUCCCACUGACUAGUGAUCCGUGGCUAAAUUCAGAAGCUCUGGAGUCAGGUCCAGAGCCUGCAACCCUUACCGGCUGUGUGGCCUUGGGCAAGUUAUCUUACGUCUCUGAGCGUACCUCCCCACAACUGGGCUGGGUGAUAGAAAGCUGGAUGAAUGUCUGGGGCUACUGACAGGCAUCUUGCCACCCUCAGUGGAGGGGGCAUACGUGAAUGAAACCAACUCAGAGGAAAGCAAGAGCCGACCCCUGUGGGGCACCUGGAACCAGCUGCACCUCAACAGACGCAGUAAACUGGGCUCCAAGGGCCAGCGGCUGCUUCCUCCUUCCUGGUCCCUGAGGCUGGGACUGCGCGGGAAUCCCUCUCAGCUGGAAGGAGGGUGACUUUGGACCAACUCAGGAGGGCUUUUCAUGAUUUUCACCGAGGUCAAGAGGCCAAUUCCAAAGGCAAAAUUCUCCAGGAAUGGAAUGGAAGACAAGAGCAGAAAGGGAGACAGAGGAUCCGGGGCCAUGCGGUCACCAUGAUGAGGAGCGGGAAGAGGGUGGCGGCCGGCAUUAUCCGGUGCGUGGCAACCUGCGUGCCUCACCCAGUUUCACUUUUGCAACACCCACUGAAGCAGAUACUAUGUGUCAUCAUUCCCACUUUACAGGUGAGCAGACUGAGCCUCGAGGAGGCAGUGACUCGCCCCAGCCUGCAGCAAGGAAGUGGCCCGGGCACAGUGCCACCUUGAGGACCAGGGGCUGGGCAGGGCCGAGGAGCUCAUCAGAAAGGCAGAGCCCCCUGGGCAGUGGCCAGCUGUCCCUGUGGGCAGGAAGCCUGGUGGGCUGGGGUCUGGAGGUGCCAGCUGUGCGGGAGCAAGUGCCCUGGCUUUAUCCUCAGGAAGCACAUUCACAUGCACUGGCCCUUCCUUCCAUCUCACCAGGAAGCAGAGACGACUCGCCCCCUUCAGAUGGGGAAACUGAGGCUCCGAGAGCCGAGUGGCUUGCCUGUGGCCUCGCUGCCGGGAGGGGCAAUGCUCUUUGCCUGGCUGCAUUCUCACCUCUCCCCAGGGUUUCUCUGCCCAGGCUGACCUCUUUAUCCAGGUCUGCGGCCAGUCGCCCACUUAGCUCCAGCAGGGCCAGAUGUGCAGCAGUGCGGAUGCCCAGCCUUGCUGACCUGGCCUUUGCCCCUGGGGAGGCCCUGCCUGAGGCUCACUCCUUGCUGUCUGCGCCCCAGGCCUUGCUGGAGGACAGUCCUCCCUCCCUUCCGUGGAAGGUUGGGAAUCUUCUAUAUGGAUACAACCUGGGCACCCGGAAGGUGGCCGGCCCCCACGGCCCGGCCCUGGCCCUCACGUGGCCUGAACCUGCCCCUCCCCGGCAACUUUCAAGGCUUCUCUGCAAUGUGACGUUCGGCUUCCCUAUCGUCGGAGGGAAGUAUUUUUAGUUUUGAACCCACCACGUGAAGAGACAAGUUAUCAAUAGCAGCCGCAAAAGGGCUUUUUCUCUUUUUUUCCCCGUGGCUUUGGGACCUGAGCAAUCUGCACCCAUUAAAUUCUGCCAAAA